AUGGACUUCGGCGACGACCUCGUGCCGGGCUCCGACGCCCACCGCCGCAAGAAGCGCUACCACCGCCACACCCCGCGCCAGAUUCAGCAGCUCGAGGCGAUGUUCAAGGAGUGCCCGCACCCGGACGAGAACCAGCGGAUGCACCUCAGUCGGGAGUUGGGGCUGGAGCCGAGGCAGAUCAAGUUCUGGUUCCAGAACCGCCGGACUCAGAUGAAGGCGCAGCACGAGCGCGCCGACAACUGCUUCCUCCGCGCGGAGAACGACAAGAUCCGCUGCGAGAACAUCGCUAUGCGCGAGGCGCUCAAGAACGUCAUCUGCCCCACCUGCGGCGGCCCGCACUCCGGCGCCGACGACUACUUCGACGAGCACAAGCUCCGGAUGGAGAACGCACACCUCAAAGAAGAGGUGCAGCUUGACCGGGUGUCCAGCCUGACGUCCAAGUACCUGGGGCGGCCCAUCACGCAGCUCCCGUCGAUGCAGCCGCUCUCCAUGUCGUCGCUGGAGCUCUCCGUCGGCGGGCUCGGCAGCCCGGUGGCGCUCGGCCCCGCGCUGGACCUGGACCCGCUCGGCGGGAGUUCCCCGUUCCAGCUCCCGGCGCCCGUGUCCGAGAUGGAGCGGCCGAUGAUGGCCGAGAUGGCGACGCGGGCCAUGGACGAGUUCAUCAGGCUGGCGCAAGCCGGCGAGCACCUCUGGGUCAAGGCGGCGGGUGGCCGGGAGGUGCUCAACGUCGACACGUACGAUAGCAUCUUCGCCAAGCCCGGGAGCAGCUCCUUCCGCGGCCCGGACGUGCACGUCGAGGGCUCCCGCGACUCGUGCCUCGUGCUCACCAGCGCCAUCGCCCUCGUCGACACGUUCAUGGACUCGAGCAAGUGGACGGAGUUCUUCCCGACCAUCGUAACCAGAGCGCGCACGAUCGACGUUCUCGUGAACGGCAUGGCCGGCCGGAGCGAGUCUUUGGUGCUGAUGUACGAGGAGCUGCACGUGAUGUCGCCGGUCGUCCCGACGCGCGAGUUUUGCUUCCUCCGCUACUGCCGGCAGAUCGAGCAGGGCCUGUGGGCGAUCGCCGACGUCUCCGUGGACUUGCAGCGGGACGCACGCUACGGCGCACCGCCGGCCCGCUCGCGCCGGCUCCCAUCGGGCUGCCUCAUCGCCGAUAUGUCCAAUGGCUACUCCAAGGUGACCUGGGUCGAACACAUGGAGACGGAGGACAAGACCCCCAUCAACCAGCUCUACCGCGACCUCGUCCUGAGCGGGGCGGCGUUUGGGGCGCACCGGUGGCUGGCAGCGCUGCAGAGGGCGUGCGAACGGCACGCGUGCCUCGUGACGCCGCCGCACAGGGACAUCGCCGGGGUGACGUUAGAGGGCAAGAGGAGCAUGAUGAGGCUGUCGCAGCGGAUGGUGGGCAGCUUCUGCGCCAGCCUGAGCGCGUCGCAGCAGCACCGGUGGACGACGCUGUCGGGGCCGGGCGCGGGCGUGGACGACGCGGCCGGCGUGCGCGUCAUGGUGCACCGCAGCACGGACCCCGGGCAGCCCAGCGGCGUGGUGCUCAGCGCCGCCACCUCCAUCUGGCUCCCCGUGUCAUGCGACCGGGUGUUCGCCUUCGUGCGCGACGAGAACACGCGCUCCCAGUGGGACGUGCUCUCGCACGGCAACCCGGUGCAGGAGGUGUCCCGCAUCCCCAACGGCUCGCACCCGGGGAACUCCAUCUCCUUGCUCAGAGGCCUGAACGCGAGCCAGAACAGCAUGCUGAUCCUGCAGGAGAGCUGCGCGGACGCGUCGGGGUCGCUGGUGGUGUACGCGCCGAUCGACCUCCCGGCGGCGAACGUGGUGAUGAGCGGCGAGGACCCGUCGUCUAUCCCGCUGCUGCCGUCCGGGUUCACCAUCCUGCCCGACGGCCGCGCGUCCAGCAGCACGGGGUCGGUGGUGACGGUGGCGUUCCAGAUCCUGGUGAGCAGCCUGCCAUCGUCGCGGCUGAACGCAGAAUCAGUGGCCACGGUCAACAGCCUCAUCGGCACCACUGUGGAGCAAAUCAAGGCGGCCCUGAACUGCGGCAGCAGCCAUUGA